CGGACAGUGAUGUUGGUCCACACCGCACCUGCCCUCUCUGCCCUGCUACCUGCCCCAGGCUUGCCCUGAACUGUGAGCUCUAGAAAUUCCGGGUCCGGUCGCAGCCACAGGGGAGUCAGGCGUGUCACGUGACCGCGCCAGGUAGACGGAGGUGGAGUCGCACGGCUGAGACGCCAGGCAGUCGCCUAGCAACAGCGGGACGCGGAGCGAUGGAGACCAGCGGCAGGGAGCUCCAAGCCGCGGAGUAUUUGGAAAAGCAUAGGAUCAAGGAGCUGGUUAGCUACCUCACCAGCGCCCUCCUUUUCUUUCGGCCGGAAAAACCAAGAGAAUAUUUAAUAUCUCUAUUGGAACGACUGAGAAUUGCAAAAGUAACAGGCGUAGCAUUUCCUUUCUUUAUGGAUAACUCUAACAUUGUGGCUAUGUUUGAGAUGAUGGACUCCUCAGGCAGAGGCACCAUAUCAUUUGUGCAGUAUAAAGAAGCCCUAAAAACCCUGGGUCUGUGCACUGAAGAUGAAGAUUUACAAGAUGAUGGACAUAUAAUAACUUUGGAUAAAUUCAAGGAGGAAGUGAACAAGAGGAUGAAGGAAAUAUGGUCAGCAUUUUGAUAACACCAUAAAUCCAAGAUAAUAAAUGUAUACAUCCAGCUUCUCUACAAGCAUUUGCCAGAAAAUUUUAAAUAAGGAGAAACAAAGCUGCUGCUCCAACUGAAGUAAAUGGUCUCGUAACGUCAGCAGCAACGGGCAAGCCGAACUGGACAGGGACAUCACUGCCUGCUCUGACUGAGACGGCAAAGACAACCAUCUGGAAAAAACACAUUUUUACCAAAAAAUUUUCAUCAGUUUGUAUUUUUCAAGUUUUUAAAUCAUUUUAAAUUUGAGGAAGUGUUCCGUCCUAGGGCAUUUUGGGUAAGAAAAAAUAUACAGCCUAACAUUAAAAGCUCUAUCAGAAAAUAAAUGUACCUGUAUUUAUAUUUUCAUUCUCAAAUACUCUUUAAUAUGGGGAUAUAUCCAAAAUAUCCCCAAAUUUUAAUAUGUGAAUUACUGAUAUAAAGCAAUUACAAUUUAAAAUGUCA